GCUGUUAUAUUUGAAUAUUUUACUUCCUCUAUUUUUCUAUCUAUUAAUAUUUUGUCUAAUGAUUUUGAAAAGUCAUGGAAAAAAAUUACAACAAUUUUGCAUCUAAUAUUAAAGAAUAUUUUUUUUCAUAUGGUGAUUUAUUUUUUGAUAUGAAAAUAAGUUGAUUAUUAGUAUAAUCAAUCAAUUAAAAACAUUAAAGUUGAGGGAGUAAUUGUUAUAAAUGGAAUUGCACAAACAAAUCACAUGGCUGCCGUGGCGCGAAAGAAGUGUGCGAUGAAUUGAAUCUCGCGCUGGACCGUACCGCGGAUCGGAGCAGGGAUCAUCUAUCAACGGCAUCCAAUACCCAGCGGCCAGACCAGGCGACGCGCCAGACAAAUCACCGUACCGCAUUGUAACAUCAGUUUAUGCACUGCACGUCAAUAUCUUUGAGGAAGCUCAAUUCAAUCAAUUGUUUUUGUUGACGAGAAAAGUUUAUUUUUCUCAAAUCUACAAUGGAUGUUGCUGAUCAAAGAACUGGUAUCACCCAAGUUAAGGAUGAUGUUGCAGAGAAAUGCCAGAAGCUAUUUCAAGAUUUUUUAGAAGAAUUUACAGUUGAUGAUGAUGUGAAAUAUCUGAGAGAUGUGCAGGAUUUGAUCCGACCUGAGAGGAAUACCCUGGCAGUGAGCUAUGAAGAUAUCCAGGAAUACAACCAACAACUUGCUACCACCAUCCAGGAGGAGUUCUACAGAGUGUAUUCUCAUCUUUGCCGAGCAGUGCGAAACUUUGCUCGCGAUCACACUCAAGUCCCACCAAACAAGGAGUUCUACAUCGCGUUUGAAGACUUGCCAACCAGACAUAAGGUUCGUGAGAUGACCACGGCUAAGAUUGGUACCCUAAUCCGUAUCAGUGGUCAAGUGGUCCGAACUCAUCCAGUCCAUCCAGAACUGGUCAGUGGAACGUUCGUCUGUCUUGAUUGUCAAACACAAAUCAAAGAUGUAGAACAGCAGUUUAAAUUCACACAGCCGACUAUUUGCAGGAAUCCAGUAUGUGCCAACAGGACCCGCUUCAUGCUAGACACCAACAAGUCUCGCUUUGUAGACUUCCAGAAGGUUAGGAUUCAAGAGACGCAAGCAGAGCUUCCCAGGGGAAGCAUACCACGCAGUGUUGAGGUCGUCUUACGGGCUGAAGCAGUUGAGCUACCUCAGGCAGGUGAUAAGUGUGAUUUCACUGGAACUCUCAUCGUAGUACCUGAUGUUUCAACACUCUCUAUGCCUGGUGCUCGAGCAGAGACAUCAUCUCGUGGUAAGGGUGCCUCAGGGUUUGAUCAAGAAGGUGUGAAAGGACUCAAGGCUUUGGGUGUCCGAGAUCUCUCCUACCGAUUGGCAUUCCUUGCUAACAAUGUCACAGCAUCAAACCCAAGGUUUGGUGGACGGGACAUGCGAGGCGAGGAGAUGACUGCCGAAGCCAUCAAGAAACAGAUGACAGAUCAAGAAUGGCAGAAGGUUUAUGAGAUGAGUCAAGAUAAGAAUCUCUACCACAACCUCAUCACCAGUCUCUUUCCAACCAUUCAUGGUAACGAUGAAGUGAAGAGAGGAAUUCUUCUGAUGAUGUUUGGAGGCGUUCCCAAGAAGACGAUGGAAGGGACCAGUCUUCGUGGUGAUGUUAAUGUGUGCGUUGUCGGUGAUCCAAGUACAGCCAAAAGCCAACUUCUCAAAGCUGUUGAGGAGUUCAGUCCAAGAGCGGUAUACACCAGUGGUAAGGCCAGCUCUGCUGCAGGUCUCACAGCGGCCGUCGUCAAGGAUGAAGAAACCGCAGAGUUUGUCAUUGAGGCUGGUGCAUUGAUGCUGGCUGAUAAUGGUGUGUGUUGCAUUGAUGAGUUUGACAAGAUGGAUAUCAAGGAUCAGGUUGCUAUUCAUGAAGCCAUGGAACAACAGACUAUCUCCAUUACGAAGGCAGGAGUCAAGGCCACUCUCAAUGCUCGUACCUCCAUACUGGCCGCCGCGAACCCCAUCGGAGGGCGAUACGACCGCACCAAACCACUCAAGCAGAACAUUCAGAUGACGGCUCCGAUCAUGUCCAGAUUUGACCUCUUCUUCAUUCUUGUGGAUGAAUGCAACGAGGUGACAGACUAUGCCAUUGCCAGACGUAUCGUAGACCUUCAUGCAAGGAGAAUGGAGUGUGUGGAGAGGCACUACUCGGUAGAAGACAUGCAAAGAUAUCUUAUGUUUGCCAGACAGUUCAAGCCAACGAUCACGAAGGAAUCCCAGGACUUCAUGGUGGACGAAUACCGUCGCCUGAGACAGCGUGAUAGCGGUGCCUCCAUGUCAUCGUGGCGUAUCACCGUCCGUCAGCUGGAGAGUAUGAUCCGCCUCUCUGAGGGCAUGGCACGGCUACACUGCCAGGACGAAGUGCAACCCAAGCACGUCAAGGAAGCUUUCCGUCUACUCAACAAAUCCAUCAUCAGGGUCGAGCAACCGGUCAUCAACUUCGAAGAGGAGGAAGACGACGGACCCCAACUGGACGAGGAUACGGCGACCCCGGUCGAAGCCAUGGAAACGGACACGCCCCCUACCCAGGAGCAGACACAAGGCUCUGCUGCUCCCAGCCCGACCAAGAAGAAGGGAUUACACAUGUCAUUUGAAGAAUACAAGAUGACGUCGAAUCUUCUCGUCAUCUACAUGAGGCAGCGGGAAGAAAAGGAAGAGGAGGGUUUUGAAGGGGUAAGGAAGAGCCAGGUGGUGAACUGGUAUCUGGAGGAGAUGCAGGAGGAGAUUGAGACAGAAGAAGAGCUCAUUGAGAAGAAGACCAAAGUUGAGAAGGUCAUCGACAGACUCGUUCAUAGGGAUCACGUGAUCAUUGAGCUAGCCCAGACUGGUCUGAAGACCAGAAGACCGGGUGCCCACGUUGAGGAAGGCGAAGAGAUGGUCACCGAAGAGGAUCCACUCAUGGUUGUCCAUCCAAAUUUCUCAAUCGAAGACUAGGUCCCCCAAGACAUCAGUAAAAUGAGCUUAAAUUAUUUAUAUCCACUGAGAGCAUGGUGAAAGAUUCCCAAGACAUCGGGAAAUGAAGCUAAAUUAUUCAUAUCCGCUGACAUCAUGGUGAAAGAUCCAUUCAAGCUUCUUCAUCGAAGACUGGGUCCCGGAGAAAUGAUGCUAAAGAUCACUUGUGGUGACGAUGCUUUUCGUGAAGGAGAAGGGCAAAGUCUGUUGUACUCCUUGGAAAUUUGUAGGAAGAAAAAUAGUAACCAUGACUUUCUGGCACUAACGGCUAAUCCUGUAAUGAUGAUUGCCCUAUGAUAUCGGGGAACUUAAACCAUAUAUGUCUACUGAAAGCUCACAGAACAAUCUUUCAUGGUAAUAGCUGUGGGGGUUGGAUUUACAGUAAGUGAGGGAGAUGGUGAUAAGUCUGUUGUAGCAGUGUUGAUGCACUAAUAACAUCAAACUCCAGUAACAAUUAUAGCCCUAAGACAUUGGGAAACAAUGUUUGAUUUAAAAUUUGUAAUGGAGUUUUAGAUUCAUCCUUCUAUCACAAUAGAUAAGGUGUUCAAAAGUGGAGCACAUCUGAAUGUAAUUCAGGUUAUGUAUGUAUGUAUGUGUAUAUUUUGUAAAUAGAAUGUUAAAUACAUCAAUAGAAUUCAUGAUUGUACUGCUUCUAUACUUUACGAUGUAAUUUGAAGCACUUUCUAAGUAAUGAAAAUGCAGGUGAAAUAUUCAUAUAAUCAAGUAUAUUUGAUACUUAUUUUGAUACUUUGGCAAGGCUUUGGGAUAAGCAAGUUCAUCAUACCAUUUGGAUUUUGGUAGAAAUACACCACCUUCGUAAAUUCUAUCAAAACAAAUAACUGAAAGCUGAUUCAUGUAAAUAGUUGCACAUUCAGCACUCAUUUAUUCAUCACAUCUUCUGCAAAAAGUAUUCGGAACAGAGUUUACAGAAAGAUUCAUGAAGUGUCCUCCAGAAUCUUUGGCAAUAGUAUCUCUGUAAUACACACAUAGCUUUUGUUUUGUAAGUUUCUAGCAGAUUCAUUUGUAUCAGAAGAAAACUUGCUUUAUAAGAUUAUUCAAAAGACAUUGAAAAUAUUUUUUUCAUUCAAAAGCUCUGAAGUAGAAAAAUUAUACAUUUGUAAAGCUACUUGUUCAAAUUAUUCAGUUUGUGUGAUUGAUUGAAAUAAAGAAAUCUUCUAUAAUCUUGAA